UUAUAUCAUUCCGGGGCAGUGUGGUUGGGGUUAGAGGUCAGAAAUUGAGACCGACUCCCUGUUUAGCGAUUCGGUUUUUCUCCGCUGCAGCAUCCCGGGACAAUGUGACCCUGCACGGAUCACCUUCAUUAGCUCGUCGGAAACCAUUACGAAGUUUGAUCGGUCCACGACGUGCACGGUUGAGUGACCGUCAGCUGGUGUAGCUUGCCACAGCAGCGGGAGCUCCAGCGAGCCAUGCGACAGUGGUGCCUCCCGGCUGCGGUACCGCGACCCGAACCGAUGCCCACAGGGCGCCUCUCACCCCCGCUAUCAGAUGCCAGGAUGGAGUGUUGUGAGGUGGAGCCACGCUAUACCAUCGAGCAGAUUGACCUCCUUCAGCGUCUCCGUCUCUCAGGGAUGACCAAGCCACAGAUCAUCCAGGCCUUGGAGUCCCUAGAGCGGCUAGAUCCCGACCAUCGGCCCCCGUACUGCAACGACACCCACGCCGCCAACCCCACAACCAACACUACCCCUACCACAGCCUCCGCCCCAGCCCCCUCCUCCUCUUCCUCCUCCUCUUCUUCCUCCCUCUCCUUGGCAUCCGCCACAACGCAGACCCCUGGGCUAGACGGCGCCUCACUGUCGCCUAGCAACAGCUAUGAGGCCUCUCCCCCACCGCUGUACCCACAUGGGGUUGGAGUUCAGAAGUCGUUUAGCUAUGACAUCAUGGCAGAGGAGGACUGGGAUCUGGAGGAGAAGGUGGAGGAGUACAUGAGGAGGGACAGUAACCUGGUGAAGGAGGAGAUUAAAACCUUCCUCAACAACCGCAGGAUCUCCCAGGCCAUCGUGGGACAGGUGACAGGUAUCAGUCAGAGCUAUAUCUCUCAGUGGUUGCUGCAGCAGGGCUUGGAGAUGAGUGACUCCAAACGCAGAGCCUUCUACCGUUGGUACCUGCUUGAGAGAAACAACCCAGGGCUGAGAUGGAGUGAAAGCCAGCACGGCCCGGCGGGUCUGGGCCCAGGGCUCGGUGGUCUCGGCCAGGGGCUCUGUGGUCUCGGCCAGGGGUUGGGCCAGAACCUGGGCUCUGGACCCGCCAGGGGAGGGGACAGAGACGUCACAGGGAUGGUGGGAAACGCCGCUACGGGCGCCACGGCCGCGGCCACUGCCUCUACCACCUGGGGCAGACAGAGAGAGCUGCUGAUGCACCUCCUCCCAUGGUACACUGCUGCCGCACAGCAGGCACAGCCAGGUGCUACCCUGUCGAUGCGCUCCCUGGUGAAGGAGGAGCCUGAUUGGAGGACGGGGGUCAGCCCUGGGGAGAGGGGCGGGGUGGCAGGCGGUCCUCUGAGGCUGCGGAGGGGAAGCAGGUUCACCUGGAGGAAGGAGUGCCAGUCCAUCAUGGAGAGUUUCUUCAUGGAGAACCAGUACCCUGAUGAAGCGAAGAGAGAGGAGAUCGCUAACGCCUGCAACUCAGUCAUCCAGAAACCCGGAUGCAAGCUGUCCGAGUUUGAGCGUGUCACGGCUCUGAAAGUGUACAACUGGUUCGCCAACCGCCGGAAGGAGAUGAAGAGGCGGGCUAAUAUAGAGGCAGCCAUCUUGGAGAGUCAUGGUAUCGAGGUUCCAAGCCCGAGCUGUCAAUCCAACGGGGAGGAGUUGGAACCACAGGACUUCACAGAGCAAGUGAAUCAACGAUUCAUAGAGCAGGAAGAGAUAUCUUCCGGGAAGGACCUUGAUCUACAAGACACCUCCUCAUUGGCUGCCGUCGAGGUCCUUCCACCUCCAAUCCCCACCUCUCAGGUUCUGGAACAGAAAGCUGACGAAUCGAAGAGAGAGACAGUGGACGAGGAGUGACCAAUGGGAGAGCGUGGAUUUGAAUAUAUAACGGCAUAUUAAAAAUAUAUAUAUAUAUAUUAAUAAUAGAUGCUCUGAAUGUCUUCAGGGGUUAUGACAAGUCAGUGCGUUAAUUGUUAAAAAGGGUGCUAUAGCUCUCGGUGCCUCUAGUGGUAGGGAGGCCACUGUGUCUAUACAGUAAUCAUGCUUUAUUAGUAACGUCAAUAUUUAUCUCUAUCUCUCCAUGUAGUGCAUUCCAAGACGGUCUUAAACGAAAGAAGACUCCUUAUAAAGAAUAGGGGUCUAAGUGGUUAAAUCCUCUAGAAGCUCAACAGACUUUUAAAGUUUUCUUUGCUACUUACUUUUAUAUUAUUAUAUUUUUUUUUGGAAAGGUUUUGACGAGUGGUUGCGUAAUAAUGGACUGGAGUGGGAACUGAAUGUUUUGAACCUGCAGGUCAGGUGUGUUUUGAUGAUGAGGUGAAGACGGGCGUGUUUGGUCGAGGCGAGUUGAACUUUUGGUGUGACGAUAAGUGUAAUAUCAGCCUUCUCUGCUAGCUUGAAUGUCUUUGACCCGAUCUUAGUAAACUUGUUAGACUUUGGGAUCAAUCAAUCAAGUAGUCCGGGUCAGUGUUAUUAAGAGUCCAACCCUGAGGGACAAAUGGAAUCUCAGGUAAACCCAAAGAUGGUGGAUGAUGACGAAUCAUCACGUUUCUCUCUCUCUCUAAUAAGCUUCGUUCAAAAGGAAUGUUUCAUAUCAUAUGUUGACUGUUUCUGCGACAACAACAAAAAGCAUCUGUAUUCUAUCUUCGUUGUAAUGUCAGCAAGCCAAACUAACACGGCGUUUCAUUUAUUACGCUUCCUUACGGUCGUCUUUCCUCAACAAAUGUUGAUUUGAUCACAAAUGAACAUUUUAUUAUGCAUAAGUAGCAAAACUAAUAAUAAUGAGUUACUCAUGUCCCUUUUUCUCUUAUCGGCAUGAACCACUAGUCCGCCGAACCCAACGAGAAGCUACUCAAAACUCUAGUCUGGUUUGGGUUUUAAAAAAUAAAAAGAGAUCUUCUAGGCCACAUUAUUAUCAUUAUUAUUAUUAAAGUUGUUAAUCAUGACUUGUAAAAAUGUAUCUGUGUUAUAAACAGCACCUUCUUCUAGAAUAAGCUCAUUAUAUAUGUACUGAGUGACUGAAAGCCGCCUUUCCUGCUCAAUUCCUUUUAGUUCAGAUAGUCCCAAGUAGAAGAACUUCAAUGUGCUUUCAUGUUCAUUGGAUGUCAGCUGUGUGCUCCUGGUCAUUAAAAAAAAAGAUUGCUAGCUGAUAAUGUUACAAGCAUGACUAUAAAUGAACAUGAAAGCUUCUGGUUUUAAAUUUAAAUGGAGAGUGUUUGGGGAGCACUUUAUUUCGCAUAUGGUAUUUACAGUUCUCCCCUAGCCCAAGGUCUCGCUGGUUGUCAUUAUACUCACAGGGCUGAAUCGUAACUUUUGAUACACAUACCGAACUCUGUGACCUCUGCCUAAAUCAUGCAUUGAAGUCAAUGGGGGAGAGAUAUGCCUGAAUAUGCAAGUAAAGUGCACAGACCGACCCCAAGUCCAGGGCUCACUUAAAAGUAAAAAGUUCCAUUGAGACUUCCCUGGUUAAAUGAAGGAUGAAUGAAUAAAAAGUUAGGAUUCAGCCCUAAGAUCAGGGGUGUCAAACUCAUUCCAUGGAGGACCUAGUGCAGUGUUUCCCAAACUUGGUCCUUGGGACUCCAAGGGGUGCGUGUGUUGGUUUUUGCUCAAACGCUACACAGCUGAUUCAAAUGAUCUUUAGUAGGGGGGUUCCUUACUGAGACCUAGACAACCAGGUGAGGGGAGUUCCUUACUGAGACCUGGACAACCAGGUGAGGGGAGUUCCUUACUGAGACCUGGACAACCAGGUGAGGGGAGUUCCUUACUGAGACCUAGACAACCAGGUGAGGGGAGUUCCUUACUGAGACCUGGACAACCAGGUGAGGGGAGUUCCUUACUGAGACCUAGACAACCAGGUGAGGGGAGUUCCUUACUGAGACCUGGACAACCAGGUGAGGGGAGUUCCUUACUGAGACCUAGACAAGCAGGUGAGGGGGGUUCCUUACUGAGACCUAGACAACCAGGUGAGGGGGGUUCCUUACUGAGACCUAGACAACCAGGUGAGGGGAGUUCCUUACUAAGACCUAGACAACCAGGUGAGGGGAGUUCCUUACUGAGACCUAGACAACCAGGUGAGGGGAGUUCCUUACUGAGACCUAGACAACCAGGUGAGGGGAGUUCCUUACUGAGACCUAGACAACCAGGUGAGGGGAGUUCCUUACUAAGACCUAGACAACCAGGUGAGGGGAGUUCCUUACUGAGACCUAGACAACCAGGUGAGGAGAGUUCCUUACUGAGAUCUAGACAACCAGGUGAGGGGGGUUCCUUACUGAGACCUAGACAACCAGGUGAGGGGGGUUCCUUACUGAGACCUAGACAACCAGGUGAGGGGGUUCCUUACUAAGACCUAGACAACCAGGUGAGGGGAGUUCCUUACUAAUCAGUGACCUUAAUUCCUCAAUCAAGUACAAGGUAGGAGCGGUUAAAAACGCAGCCACUCGGCCCUCCGUGGAAUCAGUUUGACACCUGUGCCCUACCUACAUGGUCAUGAAAUGCACCACGCCGCAUUCCUGCGGGUCGACCCACCCUAGUUGGGGCCACCACCAUUUCACCUCCUAAUGACAAAGCUAUGCCACGGUUGAGACGAGCGGUGAGGUAGACCUGCUCAUAUAGGAACCAGUAAACAUACAGCUUAUGUUACCCCCCCCCCCCCCCCGUUAUGGCACAUACCACUGUUUAGGUCAGCUCGUUAGCUUGGUAUAGCCAAUUGUAGUGAUUUCAGGGGGUUAGCCCCAACCCGGGAUUCAAGCCCAGGUCCAACGACUGUCAACCCAACACCGUUACGCCAAGAGAUGGUAAAACUUUGAAGAGGUCGCUGAGCGUUGGUUGCUACAAUAUCCAUAGUAACUCUAGCCGAGUAACUGACCUCCAACAUCUACAGUAGCUCUAGCCAAGUAGAUGACCUCCAAUAUCUACAGUAACUCUAGCCAAGUAGCUGACCUCCAAUAUCUACAGUAACUCUAGCCAAGUAGCUGACCUCCAACAUCUACAGUAGCUCUAGCCAAGUAGAUGACCUCCAAUAUCUACAGUAACUCUAGCCAAGUAGCUGACCUCCAAUAUCUACAGUAACUAGCCAAGUAGCUGACCUCCAAUAUCUACAGUAACUCUAGCCAAGUAGCUGACCUCCAAUAUCUACAGUAACUCUAGCCAAGUAGCUGACCUCAAUAUCUACAGUUACUCUAGCCAAGUAACUGACCUCAAUAUCUACAGUAACUCUAGCCAAGUAGCUGACCUCAAUAUCUACAGUAACUCUAGCCAAGUAGCUGACCUCAAUAUCUACAGUAACUCUAGCCAAGUAGCUGACCUCCAAUAUCUACAGUAACUCUAGUCAAGUAGCUGACCUCAAAUCGGGGUUUGUGUCAUGACAGUAGGCUGUUAAGUCAGUGGUCGUACACACGACUAGUUAUGACUGUCUAUAAGACCUGUGAUUGUUAUGAUAGCGCUAUGUAGACCGGAUUAUAAGAGGGUUGGUGUUAGGGUUGCACAAUUCCAAUAACUUUUCCUGUGUUUUCCAGAAAUCCUGGUUGGAAAUAUGAGGUAUAAUCGGGCAAUCCUCCCAACUGGGGUUUCAGGGAAAGUAAAUCAUACUGCUAACCCAGUCCAACUGAGUAGGAUGGGGUUGAAGUUGACUAGAGAAUGAUCUGAAGUCAGUUUGGUCUUCCUCCCUAAUGGUUAAGGUUUUGACUUGUCUCUAGGCAGACGAGUUGCCUCCCACAUUAACAGUGUUGCCCCAGGUCUGGGAUUUCCCGAGACUUACAGUUUUGUUUGAUAGAGAAGAAUCUGAUCCUAGAUCUGUGGUUAAGGGCAACUUCUACCUCAGGCUCUCAGUACGGACAGACAGGACCCCUAAAGCUGCAUGCUGUCGCAGACUAAAACACUUCUUCCCUCUGCUUUUACCUGACAAAAAGAAAUAAAACACACAUAUAUAUAUAUAUAAACAAACUUUAGUGUUGUUUGCUUUCAUCAGACUGACCUUGUAAGGUCAUUUUAUAUACCAUGUGUAUAUCAGUACAGUAUCAUUCCUGUGUCGGUAAACAUUGUUACCAUAGUUCCCAUUAUUAUAUCAUUAGGUGUCCAACUCAUUCUUUGGAGAGCGGAGUGUCUUCAGGUUUGAACUCGUCACUUGUACUUGAUUGAUCACUUACAGUCACUGAUUAGUUAGGGCAGUUUCCCAAACUCGGUCCUCAGGAACCCCAGGAGCCGCAUGUUUUUUUUGUUGCUUUAACACUACACAGCUGAUUCAAAUGAUCAAAGCUUGAUGAUUGGUUGAUUAUUUGAAUCAGCUGUGUAGUAAAAAGGCAAAAAACAAACAUGUGCACUCCUUGAGUUUUAGAAACCCUGAUUUAAGAACAACCCUGGUCUAGACUCUAGGGAAUGAAUUGGACAACCCUGGUCUAGACUCUAGGGAAUGAGUUGGACAACCCUGGUCUAGACUCUAGGGAAUGGAUUGGACAACCCUGGUCUAGACUAGGGAAUGGAUUGAACAACCCUGGUCUAGACUCUAGGGAAUGGAUUGGACAACCCUGGUCUAGACUCUAGGGAAUGGAUUGGACAACCCUGGUCUAGACUCUAGGGAAUGGAUUGGACAACCCUGGUCUAGACUCUAGGGAAUGGAUUGGACAACCCUGGUCUAGACUCUAGGGAAUGAGUUGGACAACCCUGGUCUAGACUCUAGGGAAUGAAUUGGACAACCCUGGUCUAGACUCUAGGGAAUGAAUUGGACAACCCUGGUCUAGACUCUAGGGAAUGAAUUGGACAACCCUGGUCUAGACUCUAGGGAAUGAAUUGGACAACCCUGGUCUAGACUCUAGGGAAUGAAUUGGACAACCCUGGUCUAGACUCUAGGGAAUGAAUUGGACAACCCUGAUCUAGACUCUAGGGAAUGAAUUGGACAACCCUGGUCUAGACUCUAGGGAAUGAGUUGGACAACCCCGGUCUAGACUCCAGGGAAUGGAUUGGACAACCCUGGUCUAGACUCUAGGGAAUGAAUUGGACAACCCUGGUCUAGACUCUAGGGAAUGAAUUGGACAACCCUGGUCUAGACUCUAGGGAAUGAAUUGGACAACCCUGGUCUAGACUCUAGGGAAUGAAUUGGACAACCCUGGUCUAGACUCUAGGGAAUGAAUUGGACAACCCUGGUCUAGACUCUAGGGAAUGAAUUGGACAACCCUGGUCUAGACUCUAGGGAAUGAGUAGGACAACCCUGGUCUAGACUCUAGGGAAUGAGUAGGACAACCCUGGUCUAGACUCUAGGGAAUGAGUAGGACAACCCUGGUCUAGACUCUAGGGAAUGAAUUGGACAACCCUGGUCUAGACUAGGGAAUGAAUUAGACAACCCUGGUCUAGACUCUAGGGAAUGUGUUGGACAACCCUGGUCUAGACUCUAGGGAGACUAUUGCCUUUGCUAAAGCCAAGUCAGACACUCAUUACGUUUGUUUCCUGAGCUCUGUCUGACUCCUUGUGAUAUGUUGUCUGGUUUCAGACAGGCUGCAGUAAAGGGCCCUGUUACAAAACUUCAACAGCAGGAAUCCUUCAAUUCUGGAGCGGGAGAGAUUGGCUUUUGCCAAAGUGUUGUCAUAUGAGAUAUUUAGAAAAAAUGACUUAAUAGACAGUGAAUGACUAUCUAGUAUUAUAUUUCAGACAUGAUGAGGUCAUAGCAUCCUGCAGGUCACCUGCAGGAUUUCCUUUUGAGGAACAGGUGAACCCAUGAUGUCAUCUGUUGAUGCGUGAGGAACAGGUGAACCCAUGACGUGACUACAUGAUGUCAUCUGUUGAUGCGUGAGGAACAGGUGAACCCAUGACGUGACUACAUGAUGUCAUCUGUUGAUGCGUGAGGAACAGGUGUACCCAUGACGUGACUACAUGAUGUCAUCUGUUGAUGCGUGAGGAACAGGUGUACCCAUGACGUGACUACAUGAUGUCAUCUGUUGAUGCGUGAGGAACAGGUGUACCCAUGAUGUGACUACAUGAUGUCAUCUGUUGAUGCGUGAGGAACAGGUGAACCCAUGACGUGACUACAUGAUGUCAUCUGUUGAUGCGUGAGGAACAGGUGUACCCAUGACGUGACUACAUGAUGUCAUCUGUUGAUGCGUGAGGAACAGGUGAAGCCAUGAUGUGACUACAUGAUGUCAUCUGUUGAUGCGUGAGGAACAGGUGUACCCAUGACGUGACUACAUGAUGUCAUCUGUUGAUGCGUGAGGAACAGGUGUACCCAUGACGUGACUACAUGAUGUCAUCUGUUGAUGCGUGAGGAACAGGUGUACCCAUGAUGUGACUACAUGAUGUCAUCUGUUGAUGCGUGAGGAACAGGUGAACCCAUGACGUGACUACAUGAUGUCAUCUGUUGAUGCGUGAGGAACAGGUGUACCCAUGACGUGACUACAUGAUGUCAUCUGUUGAUGCGUGAGGAACAGGUGAAGCCAUGAUGUGACUACAUGAUGUCAUCUGUUGAUGCGUGAGGAACAGGUGUACCCAUGACGUGACUACAUGAUGUCAUCUGUUGAUGCGUGAGGAACAGGUGUACCCAUGACGUGACUACAUGAUGUCAUCUGUUGAUGCGUGAGGAACAGGUGUACCCAUGACGUGACUACAUGAUGUCAUCUGUUGAUGCGUGAGGAACAGGUGUACCCAUGAUGUGACUACAUGAUGUCAUCUGUUGAUGCGUGAGGAACAGGUGUACCCAUGACGUGACUACAUGAUGUCAUCUGUUGAUGCGUGAGGAACAGGUGUACCCAUGACAUGACUACAGUCGUGGCCAAAAGUUUUGAGAAUGACAAAUAAAUAUUAAUUUUCACAAAGUCUGCUGCCUCAGUUUGUAUGAUGGAAAUUUGCAUAUACUCCAGAAUGUUAUGAAGAGUGAUCAGAUGAAUUGCAAUUAAUAGCAAAGUCCCUCUUUGCCAUACAAAUGAACUGAAUCCUCAAAAAUAAAAACUGUAUUGGCUAGUUGUGUAUUUUACUUACAUUACAGAUUCCUAUUGAAUUUGGGCAAAAGAUAUACAACAACAUGUAUGUACAAUGUGUUCCCAGAGGAGUAUUUAUUUAAAAAAAACAUUUUGAUACACUUGACUGAUCUUGUCCCAGGAAGUUGAGGCAUUAGCCUUCUUACCCAUUCCACUGAAUAAUUGUUGACUAAUAUUGUCUUGCCUGUAAUUAAGCAAUAUUUACAAUUAAUUAAUUAUUUCACCUAUGAUACAAAUCCCGUAUCAUAACAAAUAUACAAAUGGUACCUUUAUUCAUUAAAUAUCUUCGUACAUGGAAGUUAAUAUACAAAAAAUGUCCGAAAUGUGUGUUAAAAUAAAAUGAAAACCUACAAAGCCAGUAAAGCAAUGUGAUUAUUUCCCAUGUCAA